CACCCUCCCUCCCGCAAUCCCUCCUAUGCUCAGUUCUCCAAAUUCAGGCACAGCUGCUGGCAUCGUCGUUAUUAACCUAACCUGUUCUGGGACAUUCGCCACCGGUGGAACUGCAUGGAUAAAGUGACAAGGUGGGAGCCCGCAGGGAUGUCCGGAUUUAUUUUCGGGACUAUUUCCUAGACGUACUUACCAAACACGGCGCGAUCUGACUGGCUUAAAACCGGGAACCUUGCCAAACCGAGAUAUGUAACAUCAGACGAGAGGCGGGAGGAGUCUUUGUGCUUGGGGCUGAAGGAUAGAUUAUUUUUAUAUCGGGAUUUUUAUUUUUCAGACAAAAAUCCCACAAGACUUCAUGGAAGAAGCUAUUUUGGACGACUGCAAGUACUCUGCAGAAACUUUAUUUCCCCUUCUACAUGCCUGCAAACACCUGCUGUGCUCUUAAAAACUACUAGCAUCCCAAUAAAUCACUAUUUCGAGUUUUAGCACGGGGCAAAGGAGACGCGCGCUCUCGGUCGAGGUCGCAGCAUCAGCACCAGCAUCCCAUGCGCGUGCCCGCACCGGUCGAGCCUGCACGGGGAGAAGAGGAGUUGGAGGAGUUAAAGUUGGCUCGGGGUGUGGAAAAUAAAGAGUGGAUGCGAUGAAAAGAGCACUCUGCGCGGACAUUUUGCCGUUUAAUUAACAUUUUCCAUGCGGGGAAGGCGCUCUAACGCACAGGAUGACUUGCAAAAUAUUGACUUUAUGCCUCUUGAUUUCGGCCGUGCGACACUGCUCGUCACAAGAAUGUGUGGACCCGCUGGUGUCAGGCCUCUACGCCUCGUCCUUCCUGGCCUCCUCCAGAUAUAACUUUCUCUACUCUGCCAAUUUCGCCAAGUUGUAUGGCAGCAGCGGCUGGUCUCCUUCCCCCAGGGAUCGGCAGCCGUGGUUGCAAGUGGAUUUGGGCAGGAAAUACCGCCUGAGGGCCAUCGCCACCCAGGGCACGUUCAAUUCGUACGACUGGGUCACCAAGUACACCUUGCUCUAUGGAGACAGACCGGAUUCAUGGACGCCGUAUAUCAUGAAAGGAGGAAACUCGACUCUGCCUGGGAACUGGAAUUAUUAUCAGGUGAAGAGGAACGUCUUUCAUUACGCCUUUACUGCAAAACACAUUCGCCUUCUGCCUCUGGCAUGGAACACAGAGAAUGGAGGGAAGAUUGGUGUCAGGCUGGAGCUGUUUGGAUGCCAUUAUGAUUCCUAUGUUCUGCAGUAUAACGGGGAUGACUCAGUGGUCUAUAUGUAUCCUGGGAAAAGAUCCCGUACGCUCGACGACCACAUUGAAAUCAACUUCAAAACCCUGGAGCAGGACGGUUUGCUGUUACACAGCGACGGAGUACAAGGGGAUCUCUUCACCCUGGAACUAAAAAGAGGUCGUCUCCACCUUCAUAUCAGCCUAGGUAGUAGCGUUAUACACAAAACAGACGGUCGGACCACUCUGGUAGCCGGAAGCCUUCUCGACAACUUGCACUGGCACUACGUCAGCAUCAAGCGAUCAGGCCGUCAGGUAAACUUCACCGUCGACAGCCAGACGGUGACAGCGAUCUGUAACGGAGAGUUUAGCCACUUGGAUCUGGACAAUAAGUUAUACGUCGGUGGCGUCAUAGAGCCAAAAAUGCCUCACCUCCCCACCACGCCGAAUUUCCGAGGUUGCCUGGAAAAUGUCUUCAUCAACGGCAUCAACGUCAUCUAUAAGGCCAAGCGAGAAGAAGAGGACAUUGUCAUACCAAGAAAGAAAAAGAUGCAUUUUGCCUGCCGUGACAUUCUUCUCAAACCAAUGACCUUCGCCGGGCCCAAUAACUACCUGCAAGUGCCAGGCUUCUUCAGAAGGCCUCGCAUGUUUGUCAAGUUCAAGUUCCGCUCGUGGGACUACACAGGAUUGCUCAUGUUCACGCGCUUCGCCGAUGACUUGGGUGCCCUGGAGCUAGGACUGAGCGAGGGGCAGAUCAACGUCACUAUCUUUCAGCCCGGCAAGAAGAAGCUGCAGUUUGCCGCAGGUUACAGGCUUAAUGAUGGUUAUUGGCAUUCAGUGGAUUUGGCGGCCAGAGAUAACCUUUUAACUCUCACGAUUGACGAGGAGGAGGGUUCCCCGUUGAAGAUCACUAAUCCCUUCACCAUUCGCACUGGGGACCGUUACUUUUUUGGAGGCUGUCCAAAAACCAACAACACUAUCAGGAAGUGUGAGACCAAGCUGAACCGCUUUCACGGUUGCAUGCAGCACAUCUUCAUAGACAACGAACAGCUUGACAUCGACAUCAUAUUGCAGCGACAGUGGGGGCGCUACGCUGAACUCUUGCUGGGAACAUGUGGCAUCACCGACAGAUGUAGUCCCAAUCCUUGCGAGCAUGAAGGUAGAUGUAUUCAGUCAUGGGAUGACUUUAUCUGUCUGUGUGAAAACACCGGUUAUAAAGGGGAGGUGUGUCACAUGUCUGUGUAUAAAGAGUCAUGCGAGGCAUACAGACUCAGCGGAAAAUACUGGUCCGGAAACUACACCAUUGAUCCGGAUCUGAGUGGCCCACUAAAGCCAUUUGAAGUAUACUGUAAAAUGAAGUCAUACAAAGCUUGGACGGUGAUCUUAAAUGACCGCGUCGACGGUACAAAGGUGACCGGGAGUUCAAUUGACAAUCCAUACAUCGGAAAUGUCAAUUACUGGAACGCAUCUUGGGAUGAAGUAACCGCCUUGGCCAACACCUCCUUGUACUGUGAGCAGUGGGUUGACUACUCCUGCUACAAGUCCCGUUUCCUCAACACACCCAACGGAAGACCUUUCGGUUACUGGAUUGGUCGCAACAAUGAGAGUCACUAUUACUGGGGGGGGACGUUCCGAGAGGUCCAAAAGUGUGGCUGUGCGAUUAACCAGACCUGUGUUGACCCCAAGUAUCAAUGCAACUGCGAUGCAGACUACAGACAAUGGUACUCCGAUAAGGGCUACUUGGACUUCAGGGACCAUCUCCCUGUCAGGAGGGUGGUAGUUGGUGACACCAACAGGACUGGCUCAGAAGCACAGUUUACAGUAGGACCUCUCCGCUGCCAUGGCGACAGAAACAUCUGGAACACGAUAGCCUUCACAAAACCUGCCAACAUAACCUUCCCCACGUUCAAGCCUGGCUCCAGCGCUGACAUCUCCUUCCACUUCAAAACAUACAGAUAUGACUCGGUCUUCUUGGAAAACUCUGACGACCACCUGAAAAACUUUAUCCGACUAGAGCUCAACACCACACAUAAUCUAGUGUUUGUCUUCAUGGUGGGGGACGGCAUCCAAAAUGUGACCCUACGCUCCCCCGUGCCACUCAAUGAUAAUGAGUGGCACUUCGUCCAGGCUGAGAUUAAUGUGAAAUUGGCUCGACUCAAAGUCGACUAUCAGCCUUGGGCUGUCAGACGUUUCCCCAGUCAGACCUUUGUCACCAUGAACUUUACAAACCCACUUGUUGUGGGUUCACGCAACCGUACCCAAAAACCCUUCUUGGGUUGUCUCCGAGGGUUGCGACUGAAUGGUGUACCUCUCGAUUUGGAAGGCAAAGUUGAUGAAGAAAAAGGUAUAAGGAGGAACUGUACCGGCCAGUGUCUCAAUGCCACUAUUCCUUGCCGUAAUAGUGGACAAUGUAUUGAGGGCUACGCCUCUUAUACCUGUGACUGCAACAACACUGCAUUUGAUGGUUUCUACUGCCAUAAAGAUAUCGGUGCCUACUUUGAACUUGGAUCCUGGUUGAAGUACAACGUGCGGAAGAAGCCCAUAUCUGACGAAGCGGCAUGGGCCAACUGGAUCGACCCGCAUUACGACAAUUUCAGCCUGGGCUACAACGAUACGGCUGAUGACAUUGAGUUCAGCUUCAGCACUGUUUACACACCGGCCGUCCUGCUCUACAUCAGUUCCUUUGUUCAUGAUUACAUUGCCGUGGUACUGAAGAACGACGGUAGUGUGGAUCUGAGGUAUAAACUGGGACUCAUCACCCACAAGUACGAGCUGACUCGGCGUAAUCUUGCAGACGGAUACCCACAUUACAUCAACAUCACCAGACACAACAGGACCAUCAAAACACAGGUGGAUUUUAUGGAGCCCAUUGUCGAAAAGAUAACUUUAGUAGAAGAUGCAAGAUUUGAUUCUCCAAGAUCCAUGUUCUUGGGCAGAGUAAUGGAGGUCGGUGACAUUGAUUACGAAAUCCAAAGGCACAACGCCCCAGGCUUCAUUGGUUGCAUCUCUGGCGUGAGAUAUAAUGUGUACGCACCUCUAAAGGCUCUUUUCCGGCCCAAUGAAACGGACCCUCCGGUGACUACGCAAGGUUAUGUCUCUGAGUCCAACUGUGGCGCCUUCCCUCCCGUCCUGGGUUACGUCCCAUGGGAGGUGGAUCCCUGGUUUACCACCAUAGAUUACAUAUAUAUCCAUGAUGACCUUGGCCUUUUCUGGAUCAUAGUCAUUGUCAUCUUGGCACUGCUACUUCUGCUGGCAGGCUUGUAUAGCAUCUACGUGUAUGCGUACCAGCAAAAGGGCACCUAUCGCACCAACGAGCCCAAACACCUAGAGUCGCCCAGCAGCUCCCGGCCCCUCACCGAAACCCUGAGACGGAAGAUCCUGCCUGAAAUUGACGAGGACUUCAGGAGCGGCUAAGCUUAUAAACCACACGUGGAAGUUGUGGGACCAAUGACUUUGGGGAGGACUUACACACAUUACAUUUCUUUGCAUUGAUUUUUUUUUUUUUUAUUAUACAGUAUUGGCGGCCUCUCUGAGGAAGUCACUUGUGGGUUUAGCUACCAUGAUUCAUUAACAGUCAAGAGAUUUCAAAAGACAAUGGCAUCGACAUAGUUCAUGCAUGCAUUGCCACUUCUUCUAAACCUAGGAACUGAAGUAAUAAACGUAUUGCAACUCGAGCUAUUUAGAAGUAUUGUCAUCCAAUCGACCAUUUAAAGUAAAUUGACCUAUUGUUGGUGGCCAUCUGUGGACAAGCAUGCAUUCUUCCUCGCACAUUAGGCUGUUUCGGACUGCAUGCAUAUCUGAUUCCAAUGGCAGGGAUAGACAAUAAGGGAGAUUAAUCUUGAAGUUCGCAGGCCCAGGUCGACGCGUCAGAUAUUGAUCCCAAUAAUCACAAAAAAGAACAAUUUGAUUGGAUAACAUGAAUAACAUUUUUUAAGGUAGAUUUAAUGAAAAGUGCAAUAAAACAGUGCAAAAACAUGAAACUAGUGCAAAUAAUCCUACUCCAGUUCUAUAAUCACAUCAAUAAUCCCCACAUCCCCCCUUUACCGCCCUCUGGAAGUCUCCCCCGGCUCGGUUGCCGUGGCAACAAUUUAGAAGUCCGAGAUGACUAAGGCAUUUAUGGCUAACGAUUUUCAAGCUACAACGUUGUUAUGAUGUUUUCUUUCUCUCUGUAGUCACGCGGAUGAAUUGUCACGUUAUGUCCAUACCAUAGGUUUCAUACUCGUUGACUUUUCUCUAACUUACUUGUCUGCACAUGUGGGCAUUGAUCUGCACACCUCACAGUAAACCUCGUUUUUUUGUCUCAUCGUAGCUGAGCCAAUUCAGGCGGUCUCGCCACUGGAGCUGAAUAUAUAUCUCCCUAUUCUUCCCAUAAUUAAUUUUGCUUUCCUUCAACUCCUCCGGUGGCUUUGUCUUUCUGGAUUGGUCUUUGUUCCCCGGUGCUUAGCCGGGUCAUGGGGGUUUCAGAGACAUGUUGUCUUAUAGUAUAACAUUAGACGGGUACUGAGAUAUCGACAAUCAAUCAGCAGAAGUAAUCAGAACGAGGUGUGUUAACGCCCCACGGAGAGCAACAGCUGGCUGCAUUGACUGGAAGGUUGUCUUUGAUCGUGAUAGCUUACCAUCAGCAAAACACAGAGCCACUGGGUAUUGAUGGGUAUUGAUGUGAAAUAAGAUUUUUUUUUGGGGGGGGUCGAAGCAAUGUUUUACAGGCCCCACUGGACCAGUGGUUGAAGCAUUCUGACAGUGUUAAAAGUACAUCUGAGCCACCGGGCCAUUUAUAUUGUCGACCUCUGAAUGGGAUUCCUCUUCAAAUCAGAUUUUCAGGGCUGACCGUUCACACUGUUUUUAGUAAGUGUCCGAAUCAGAUCAGGGGCUAUCCAGACUGGGCUACAUUAUUGACACAUCUGACAGGUUGCGGUGGUAAAGAAAGCAUCAUCCAGCAUAGAGUGACGUCACGGACAGUCAAAUUAAGGUGUGUUCAGACUGAGAAGCAUCUUUCCCAUUAUCUGAUAUGAAACAACCUUCUGUACAUGGCCUACAAGAAUACAGGAAUAUAGAGCUUUAAUAGUCAUUGACACACAGACAUGACAACGAAGUUAUGUUCGAUGAGUGAGCAUCAGGCCACUGCAGAUGAACCAUGCAGCCAACUAUCUCUCUCUUCUUCAGAAAUGACAGAGCAGUUAAAGGAAAGUUACAGUGAACACACAUGUAUCAUACAACAUAGCAGGGCUAUGGCAUGACACACAGGUCAUGUACAGGAAUUUUUUGUGCGACAAUAAGGAAUUUCCCAGUGAUGGCCUGUAGGAGGGUCCGUGAUACUUUGAAAAGACGGAAGUGGAGUUGAAGGGGUAGGAAUGUGUGUGUUUAUCAGUAUUUGUGCGUGCAUGUAGACAAAAUAAGAGUCACAGAACUCUGCGAACGGCCUUGGGAGGAAAGAUCAAGGGCAUCAGAUAGGGACCAUCUGCGUGGCUCUCCCAGGAGGAGGAAAGGGGGGUCAUGGGGGGUGGGGGGUGGAAAGGAGUCAGAUAGGGAGAUUUUACGCCGAAAUUAAUCCGAAUCGGAAUUUAGGAUGUCCAAAAAAGCAGUUGUCCUCAGUCAGUUGUGCACAUCAAGGCGAAGGGCAGACCUCAGUUCCCACAAGUCUCUCCCAACAUUCGCAGUUAGCUUUGACAGUUCCGCCAGUUGGAACGCGAUGUUCUCCAUACGUCUCCAUACCUCCCCGGACUGAGCCGUGGAAGAGCCAGACUAGCAUUCCCAUCUGGGCAUCCAGAUCCGAAGCCUUGAAUAAAUCAUCAAGGCGUCGUCCGGAUUGCAGAGCUCCCAGGUCCCUACCAACAUUAGCGGUCCGACGAGAUAGCUCCGUCAGCUGGUUCCCGAUGGAAUCCUCUUCUCUCGUUUCAUCCCUGGGACGGACCGUGCCAGCACGGAAUGUCCCGAUCCGGGGUUCCAGCCAGUCCUCAGAAGCCUUGCAUAGGCCCGUUAGCUCAGUGGUCAAUUUAACAAUUUUUCUGAAAGCUGCCGUCUUGGAAACUUCCCGGUUCAGUAGGACACUUCCCAAGCCAAACAGGAGAACCUCCUCGACCAUCAUGCCAAUCAGCCAAAUAUCCUCAACGUCUUCUACGAAUAGGACUGUGAGACAGGCGGGCUGCCAGUGGUUCACGUAGCCCGCUGCAAAGGUCCCCCUCUGGGCAGGACGGCUCUCCUGGAGCGCCGUGUGUUGUUGAAGAAGUCUUGUCAAUAGUGCUGAGGGACCAACUAAUCAAAUCCGUAUUUCAAAUUGAGAGUCAGCAGCAGCUGGUCCACAGAGGAAAAAUACAAAAAAGCUGACAGACUAGACUGAAAAAAGAUAGCAGAGUACAGGAGAAGAGGUGAAACACAUCUGCCCCCGUCAAUCUGAUUUCUGUGCUUUGUGACUGUUCAUAAGAGCCAUCCAGUUUUAAUCUGGAUUGGCUAAAAAUCAGAUUUUGGAUGGUAGUCUGAACAGGGCCUUAUUGUAUGAAUACCUGAAUAGCUUGAUCACUCUUGGGUUGUGCUGUGAGGACUGAAGGUGGUGUUGGAAUGGAUUGCCCUAGUCGGUGUGUUGGUUACUCAUUGGCUGCCAUUGACAGCGGUAGACAUCCAAUCCAUUUGAACUAGAGGGUAGCAACGAAUGAAUGUUUAUUCGUUGCUAAAUUCACAGCAGAAUGGACGUCACAUGAUUGGAGGUCUAUCACCAUCGAUGCCUCUGAAAGAGUAAACAAGAUGAGUAAUUAGUGUUAUUUUAAUUCCAUUUAUUUUUGUUUUUAAAGGUGCUAUGAAUACUACUGUGACUUUAACAUAAUAACAGACCAUAUUUUGGAUACAACUCCAUCCAAAAAGUGACAGAAAAGACUUAAUAAUGUACCUAGAACCUAAUUUUUUCCACCCAAAAAAAUCUCCGAAUAGAAGAUGAUGUCACACCCAGAAUGAGUUUCAGAUAUUUGCAGUCUGCAAGCAUGCUAUCCAUAGGCUUUCUAUUCUCAAGUGAACUUGUGACUGUUCUGUCAUUUUGUAACGUGUACAAGCUAGCGAAACGCUACAAAUAGUGCUUCCCUUAUUCAUUGUUACAAAUGGAAUAACUAUUAAAUGGUUAAAAAAAAAAAAAAAAAAAAAAAACCCAGCCUGGUUUGCAUGCCAAAUUCGUUUUCUACACAAUAAAGUAACUUAAUUUUUGAGAUGGUCACCAUUUUAGUCCCUUUAAAGCAUUUUAACUCACAGGCUGCCGUUGACAGUGAUAGACGUCCAAUUCUUUGAACUGGGAGGGUUGGGAGCGAAAGAACGUUCGUUAAAUUGUUGGCAACCCUCUCAGUUCAAACAGAUUGGAUGUCUAUCAGUGACAAACUCAUUAGUGAGUUGAAAAUUGCAACAAUGACAUUUACAAAAACAAUCCAUUGGGGUUCUAAGUACAGUACUAAGACUUAACGAUGGCUGUCAAUACUGCCACAUGUUACCGAUAGUCAGAGGUGGGUACUAGUAACACGUUAUAUUUACUCCAUUACAUUUAAUUAAGUUUUUGAAAAAAAUGUACUUCUAAGAGUAAUUUUACUAAGCCAAACUUUUUAUUUUUACUUAAGUAGAUUUGUGAAGAAGAAACGCUACUCUUACUCUGCUAGUUCAGGUUCAGGCUACACUAGUAGACACUACAUAUUAGAUUUUACUUUUUUUUUUUUUUUUUUUUGGGCCAGCGAUGUCAACAAUAGCUCGGUCAUUUACACCAAUAAGACUUCGCAACAAUAAUCACAUGGCUCCAUUAUACCAAUCUGACUCAAGCUUGCUGGUCUAUGAUUAUGCCCGCCUGUUCAAUCAUGUGUCAUCUUUAAAGCACUGUAAAAGAAUAAAUAUUUGCCACAGAGCGCUGCCCUCAACAUAAAUCGAAAGCACGGAUUUUAACCUCUCCCCAGUUUUUAUUUGACACCGAUUGACCACGUAAAACCGGAGAUAUGAUCCUUUUAAUUUCAUAAUAGGAAAUGUGAAGGAACUAUUCACUAAUCAAACUAGGAACUAUUUUCUCCACUAGAAGGCAUUCGUGCUCUUUGUACGAAUGAUGCUUCCUUUCUGUAGAUUUCUUUCUCUGGCCGAAAAUCAAAAUUUUUUUUUCCUAUUUCUUUGGCUUGAUGUGGUUAUAUAAUAGUUUAAAUCAAAGUAUAAUAAUGACAUUUCAUAUACUUAAAUUUGUUAGAUUUAAAAAAAAAAAAAAAAAAUCAAACACCGUAUGCAGUUACUCACAAUGUUACUCAUUACUUGAGCAUUUUCACCAAAUACUUUUUUACUUGUUUUUAAUAACAUUUUUGGAUGACUACUUUACUCUUACUUGAGUAAAAUUUUUGGUUACUGGACCUACCCACCUCUUCCGAUAGUGGUGACAAUGUAUGUAUUGUAUAUACUGUACAUUUAUUCUGUCCAAGUUCAAUCUUUAGCAUUUAUGUCCAUAUUUGAUUUCCUCCAAACUCAUUUUUUCCCUAGGAAAGUGAGAUCAGAUUUGGCCAUAUAUCAGGUGUCAUACAAAAAAUGUAUAUAUAUAUAUAUUAAAUAUGUUUAAUUACUUUCGUAAGUUAAACCCACAAGCAAUAACCACAGAGGAUAACGCCAUUGUUAAAGUUAACUUUUAAAUUGAUGUUUUUCCCCCCCCAACCCCAUUUUGGUGAGAUGCAAUGCAUGGUGCUGUACAAAGUUGGCAUUUUGCGACACUUAAGCCCUCCCGCGAGUCUCACACUGUCCUGCAGGGUGAAAUACUGAAGUGCCUCAUUUGAGCAAGCUUGACACCGCCCCUUCCUCAAAUCUCCUCAAAAGUUUUAUCAGAUGGCAUUAUGGAUCCGAAACAAAGGAAUGAAACUUAUUUUUUUCCCAUUUCAGACUGUCAAUUUCCUAGCGUUUGGACCGUGUGAAAGUGCCACCAUAGCUUGCAAUGUUACAAAACUUAGUUUGUGAAAAUCAACCAACCUGAGAUACAUGAACAUAACGAGUGGAAGAUGUGCAUAGGUUUGUAUUUAUUGUGUAUUCUAAGCCUAAAAGCUUAAAUUUAAGGCAGUGCAUUACCUAUACGGAAUGACACAUACAGUAUAUGCGGUUCAGAAAGGCCCUACUGUAUUAGCAGUAGAUUGCAGCUUUGCCGAUUCCAUUACUGUGCCUGUUAUAUUGCGCGGGGCUUCAGACGGUCCAGAUAAUGAGGUAUCCAUCAUAUAUCUUGCUUGUUACCGUUAGCUCACUGGCUCACGGUCGUAGAAGUUCAAUUCCUUUGACCUGGCAGCAAAUGAACAAAUGUUUUCGGUUUACUAAUGAUCAAUCCAUUUAAAUUCACAACAGUAGGAUGAUUGGAUGUCACGUGAGCGGACGUCUAUCACCCUGAUUGGCACUGCAAGUUCAUCGGGAAAAGAUCUGAAAAAGUACUCUGGUAUGAAAAAGUAUCUGAACCUUUUGGAAUUUCUCACAUUUCUACAUAAAAUCACCAUCAAAUGUGAUCUGAUCAUUGUCAAAAUCACACAGAUGAAAAAAACGGUGUCUGAUUAAACUAAAACCAGCCAAACAAUUAUAGGUUUUCAUAUUUUAAUAAGGAUAGAAUGCAAACAAUGUCAAAAGGGGGGAAAAAAUAAGAAAGUGAAACCCUUUGUCUAGGGAGACUUAAAGAGCAAUUGAAACCAUUUUUUUACUAAACAAUUUAAGUCAGGUGUGUGUCCAAUCCCCGAUGUGUGGUUUAAAGUUGCCCUGCCCACUAUAAAACACAAACCUGGUAAGAAUUAUCUUGAUGAGAAGCAUUGUCUGAUGUGGAUCAUGGCUCGUUCAAAAGUGCUGUCUGAAGACCUGCAAUCAAGGAUUGCUAAUUUGAAAAAAGCUGGGAAAGGAAACAAAACCAUCUCUAAAAGUCUGGAUGUUCAUCAGUUGACAGUCAGAGAAGUUGUCUACAAAUGGAGUGAGUUUGGCACUGUUCCUUCUCUCCCAAGGAGUGGCCGUCCACCAAAGAUAAUGCCAAGAGUUCAGCGCAGAAUACUCAAAAACGUAAAAAAGAACCCUAGAGUUACAGAAAUCACUGGCACAGUCCAAUAUCUCACACAUCAACUACAUGUAAAACUUUUGCCAAAAAUGGUGUUCUGGGCGUAUACUCCACUGAGGAUGCCACUGCUGUCAAAAAAAAAAAAAAAGAAAACAUUGUUGCUUUUUGAAUAUUCGCAAAAACGUACUUGGACACUCCACAGAAUUUUUGGCAAAAUAUUUUUGGGACUGAUUAAACCAUGGUUGAAUUGUUCGGGAGUAACACACAACAGCAUGUGUGGAGCAAAAAUGGAACAGCUCACCAACAUCAACACCUCAUCCUCACUGUAAAGCAGGGUGGAGAGAGCAUCGUGAUUUGGGGCUGUUUCGCCACCUCAGGGCCUGGACAACUUGCAGUAAUUAAUGGAAGAAUGAAUUCAAAAGUUUAUCAGGAAGUUUAGCAGGAAAACCUGAGACCGUCUGUCAGACAGUUAAGGCCAAAAAUAGGAUGGAAGCUGCAACAAGGCAAUGAUCCAAAACACAGAAGUAAAUCAACUUCAGAAUGGUUUCAGAAGAACAAAAUACAUGUUCUGGAGUGGCCAAGUCAAAGUCCAGACUUGAACCCCAUUGAGAUGCUGUGGCAUGACCUAAAGACAUUGAUUCAUACCAGACAUCCCAGGAAUCUGACUGAGCUACAGCAGUUUUGGAGAGAAGAAUGGGUCAAGAUUAGUCCUGAUCGAUGUGCUAGGUACAGGAAGCAUCUGGUUGAAGUUAUUGCUGCCAAAGGAGGAGCCACAAAAUAUUAAAUGUGAUGGUUCACUUACCCAUUUUCCCCCUUUUGUCAUUGUUUGCAUACUAUCCUCAUUUAAAUAUGAAAACCUAUAAAUGUUUGGGUGGUUUUAGUUAAAGCAGGCACUGUUUUUUCAUGACCUUUUGACAAAGGUUCCGAUCACAUUUGAUGGGGAUUUUAUGCAGAAAUGUGAGAAAUUCCAGAAGGUUCAGAUACUUUUUCAUACCACUCUAAAUGCUAUUUUUGAAUUUGUCAGAUUUUGGUGGAAAGACUCGUGCACGUGAAAAGAACAGAAAUGAGUCAUGAUAAAAUGCAGAGGUUUUACUUCCAAUUCACACACAUUUGCUGUUAGAUUUACGAUAAUACCGACUCUUGUCAUCACUCUUUGCUUGCAGCUACUGUGAAAUGUAUGUGAAACAAUGCUCCUAGCAUAGCACGUGACAACAAUUAGCUUCAUUACGACACUGGUGUUAGUUUAGCUUGCGAGGUGUGUAAAACGAAUGUACUGCUCGCUCAGGACAAAUGAAAGUACAUUUACUUCUCUUAUGCCUGACUCAGACGACACAAUUUUAGCCUGAUUUUAGCGCAACGGAUGCGUCAUGAAGAAUCGUUGACUAUCGUGGCCUAUAUUUUGAAAUAGUGGGCUCACAACGCUUUGUCUAUUACCAAGAUUACCAUCAUAUUUCGGUGAGAAUGCAGAUGACUGCAGUGUGUUCUUCCUCACCAUGCAAACAACAUUAACAGUGAAUCCCAUUUUCUCGUCUUGUUUAGAGCAAAUGUGUUGAACCGAGCAGAUCAGAUGAUUGUCACUAUCACGAUAUGAAAUUACUGUUCGACAGCUGCUUGUUCUACCUACUGACGCCGUCAGCUGUCCGGCCUUGCUCUUCACUGCAGAAUGCGAUUGUCGUCCAUCCAAGACACACCGCAACACCGUGACACAAUGUCGUGCAAUCUGACUCUGCGAUCGUAGGAAACAACAAAAAAAUUGUGCAGUUUGGGUCAGGCAUUAGAAUGCUGUAAACGGGUGAAUGUAAAAAUGUCAGUGUUGCUAGUAAGCAGGAGUGUUUAUGUUAGUAUUACAUGUUUGAGCGUGUUCACUGUUUGCCCACCAAGAUGCAACAAAUCCAACAAGCAGACAUGCCUAAAUGCCAGUAACUCACUACUGUACAGUACCAAUAACACUAAAGCACAAGUGGUGCCUUGAGAUGCGAGAUUAUUUUCCUAACCACGCUUUUAACUCAAGACAUGACUCGUAUCUCAUAGGGUGGCCACACUCGAAACAAAGGAGGAUACUAUGAGGAAAGGGAAAAACUUUGAACUCAAACGUACUUCCCACUGGUAACAUUCCUUAAAUUCUAUGUACCACAUGCAUUGACAAGGGUUACGGGGGUGCUGGAGCCUACCCAGCUGACAUCAGGCCCUACACACUACUAGUCAGUGACGUGCGGUGAGGUUCAUGGUUGGUGAGGCACUGACUCCUUUAGUGUCAGAUUUCCAAAUAUAUAAACCAAAAAGGGUAGCUUAUUCAAUUGGCUACUGGUUAUUUCAUAUCUCAUCAGCAUUCUUCACAAAACACGCACACACGGUACAUAUUAUCGAUACGUAAAAGUAAGAAAAUAACAUGCAUUUGCUCUACACACUCAAUGUGUUGGCCGUCGCAAUUCUAUAAUUCAUGCAACAUAAAUGAGAGUAAAGAGUGGUGUACAAAACCACAGAAUUCAAUUCUGACCUUUAGUGAAAUAUUCAGUUGUUUUUAAAACUUUUAAUUCUGAUACUUUAAUCAAUUAAUUUAAUCAGCUAGGAUACAGGUUGCAUUAAUGAGGUCUUUCAAACUCUUUUGGUUUUCCUUUACCUUAGCCUUGUGGCUGCUACCGUUGAGCUUCCGCUGUUCGUCAAAGCCAAAUCGAUCCUUGAGCUUCCAAAAGUUUUUAAAGCAAUCAGGCUUUGAAUGUGAGUGGUCGAGCUCUCAUGUUUGCUGAGGCUUCGUGGUAGUUUUUUAAUGUCACAAUAUCUCGUGUUAGUCCAGACAUUGGCACAAGUUGAGAAGAAAAGGCAGGGAAAGCAGCAAAGGCGAUUUUUCGAAGGACAGCCACAUAGCCAGUCUUUUCGGGUGUACCAGUCCAUUCGAAAAGCGCGAGUUAUCUUCUGCCCCGCAGUUUGAAGCAAACCUUUUAGCUCCGGUGUGGUGUUAAUCGCGUCCACUUUUGACGGAAAGUCCAGUUUCACGUACGCCCCCUUUCAGUGCGGCAGAGUACUAUCUGCCGCAACCUGUGCCUUUUCACUGUGGUUUUAUUUCUCAUCAGCAAAACUAAAUAUGUCGCUAACAAACAUUAAACUUUAAGGGUUAAAGACAUUAGCAAGACUGUGGAAAAUCAGGUCAAAUAAACGUAUCUGGAAACAUUAUAAUGGCGACAUGUAUAUGUACGGCAACCAGCACGCUCCAAUUCCAUGUAUCAACCCAGUUUGUUAUGGAUUGCGCAUUCAGAGGUGAGGCUUUACUCGUUGCUGCCGCACCUCUCGUUUCAUUUCUUUAUUUGAACAGGAAAUUGGCAAAUUCAGCGAUUUUGACUAUAAAAAAUGUUUGAAAUGAGUCAUACAUAAAGAGCAAUGGACAAAUAUUAAUAUAAAUUAGAUGCUAUAAUUAUUUUUUUGUCAUGAUGACACAGAGCCUCACCUGCCUCCCCUGACUGCACGUCACAUAAUGUACACGAUAAGAACAGUGAUUCUCAGACACGUUUUUCAACAAAAGGCAAUUGAUGACAUGCGGUAUCCCGAUUUAGAAUAGGAAAAAUUUAUUUGGAGAAGGAGACUCUUAUUUGUUGACAUUAUUUUUAUUUUGCCGAUGCAUCCCUCUUGCAAAGUGCAGAGCCACAAUUGCAGAACAUUUUUACUUGAAAAUGGAAGCUACGUUUGCAUUAAUGAAAGUAAAUGACAAAAUACAAACCCCUUUAAUGUAAACAGUGUGGCAGUUAGGAAAACCCCCAUCUAACAGUUACCUUAUUUUCACUGUAUUCUAGCAGUGGCGGUUUUAGGGGUGGCGCCACAGGGGCACUGGCCCCACCUCUAAUUUGUAUGGCUCCUGAAGUUCCCCUGUUCCCUGUUUUUAGCACAAAGCAUGGCAAUAGGUGAAUCGAGAGAAAGUUGUUUAUUGAGUAAACCUGAAUGACAUAUAACUUGAGCAUCGUCAUCGCAUUGUGCGGCUGUGCAGUAUUUGCAACACUCAGGUGACUUGAAGUUCUGCUCUGAGACCCCCAAUUUGGCCAAAUUUCAAAAUUGUCCUAUAUGAAUGUGUGAUAUAUCAUUGGAAAGCUUAAAAUCACAAUUUUGGGGGGGAAGACUAAUUUGGAACAGGAGGGCAUUUAAAAAAACACAAAAAAAUUUAAACCCCUAAACCCUAAUUCGAGGUGAGAGCAUGAGAGAGCAUAAUUAAAGACACCAUGAUUUUAACGAGAUAUUAUCGCAUACUUACUUUGUUUCGAUCCAAAAACUCUGUGUAGCAUGUCUCACUGAGUGUCAAGGCACAGCUGUGAAUGGCCACAGCCGGACCUUUGAGGGAUUUUAUGGGUGAAACACAGUAAUGUAACAAGGAUCGCAAGGAAGAAAUUGCAGUCAUCAAGGAGUGAUUGCAAUUUGCUUUUUCAAAUAUUUACCCUUUUAAACGUUUUUUUCCCCCCAAUUGUUUUUUUUGUUUGGAUCGAUUAUCAUCUAAAAUAUCGGGGAAAACGCGACAGUAACGAAAAAUAUAUAAUUAAGCGAUAGUUAUGAGGUAGAUAUCCGUGACCCAUUUACAGACACUAUUUUUUUCGUUGUGACGUAAUUUGUUUAAAAGUUUAAAAUAUGUGAGUGAAUAAGUUUUUAAAGUAGUUUUUCUUUUAAACGAAAUAUUAGACAUCAAUCUAUAGACAUCAAGUUAUGAUUCUAUGCUAAAAAUGAUAGUCAUCUCGAAUAAUGAAUACAGUAUAAUUACCUACCUUCUUCUUGUGGCUGGGAUGAAACAAAAGCAGUUGCGCGGUGUUUGUAAACGGGGGUCCCCAGGGUAAAACGGGCAAAUUAAAAAUACUAAGGGGGCUUAAUGCGCCAUGAAAAUGCUAUUGCUCUAUCAAAAACAACUUUUCUUUUGGCUUAAAAUACAGCAGUUUAUUUUAAGGAGGGGUGCAAGACCAGAAACUGCUUUUUCAGCCUUGUCUGUGUUCUCCGCCAUCUAUGUAUAUAUAUAUACAUAUAUAUAUAUAUAUAUAUAUAUAUAUAUAUAUAUAUAUAUAUAUAUAUAUAUAUAUAUAUAUAUAUUUUUUUUUUUUUGAACACGCAAACUUAUUUUUCCGCCUCAUACUGGAACAGCGCUACAGCCUCUCACCUUCCCUCCUGCUAAACAGUGCGACCAAACUGUUUUUCUUGGUCACCAGUGCAGCUGCCGUUUGGUACUUCAAGUUAACGAUGAUUGACAGGUUUGUAGCUUUGAUCUGACUAGAAAAGACGCUGUACAAUCAAAGGCACAAAUGUGUUAAUCAUCAUUAAGUUUGUUCUACAUUAGCGGCUGCUCAGCCUGAAGUGUGCUGUGGCCACUCAUUUAUUGUGUAAGUGAGAGGCUUUUCUCGGCAGCGUAAGCAAAUGUGAGUAGACUCACUCAAUGAAGCAUUUAAUAAAGCAUUUUUCGACAUUAUUCUUAUUUUAAAAUAAUCCCCAUUUUUUAGGCGACGUGUGUUUUCUCCAGGUUCCUGCCACAUCCACAAAAAUGUGCAUUGUAUGCUGAUUGAACACUCCAAGUUGUCCGUAGAGUUAACUGUGAUAGGCUCCAGCACCCCCGCGACCCUUGUGAGGAUAAGUGGUCCAGAAGAUGAAUGAAUGAAGGAAUUAUAUGAAUGUUAAGGAGACUGAUUGAAAGUACAGUGUUAAAGAUGACGCAAUGAAACUUUGCGAUGCAAUGCAAAAAGUAAGUGUGGAACCUAGGCAAUAUACAGUAUAUCGCAAUGUUUACAAUAUCAUUCAGGCCUAUCCCAAACAGCUAUUCAAGUUAUCUGGUGAAAAUUCUUCCAGUCUUAAGAUCGCAAUAUAAUAUCGCAGUGUAUCGCAACCCCCCCCCCCCCCCC